AUGGAGACACUAAUCUAUCUAGACACGGCUCGAGCCCUCGGUCUCGAAGAGGGCGAUGCCCAUGUUAUUCGCAAUGCAGGCGGGCGAGCGAGCGAUGCACUUCGUAGCAUCGUCAUCUCGCAGCAACUUCUCGGUACUCGGGAGAUUGUUAUCGUGCACCAUACUGAUUGUGGUAUGCUCACUUUCACUGAUGAGGUGAUCCGGGGCAAAAUUCGAUCGGAACUUAAGCAGGAUGCGGAUCAUAUUGCGUUCUUGCCUUUCGGUGAUUUGGAGCAGAGUGUGCUUGAUGAUAUUCGGGUUCUUAAAGAGAGUCCGUUGGUGCUGGAUGUGCCUAUUACUGGGUAUAUUUACGAGGUUGAGUCGGGGAAGAUUGUUAAGGUUGGAAGUAGCUAG